GAAUUCCUAAGAAGAAAAUAAUGAACUGCAGAUUGGUUGUUCUUUAAGUGUUUGGAGUCAAAGGUUUGUUGCCAAGGCCAAAGAAGAUGGCAACCCCUUACGUCCCAGUUCCUAUGCCAAUAGGAAACUCUGCUUCCAGUUUUACAUCCAACAGAAACCAAAGGAGUUCUUCCUUUGGUAGUGUCUCCAGCUCAAACUCUUCCAAAGGCCAGCUAGAAGACUCGAAUAUGGGUAAUUUUAAGCAGACGAGUAUUCAGGAUCGGAUGGACAGUAGUACAUCAUCGGCCUGUGGCAGUCCCCUCAUUAGGACUAAAUUUACAGGUGCAGAUUCAGCCAUUGAAUAUUCUACUAGACCAAGAGACACUGAAGAUCAGCACCCUGACACAGUGAAUUGGGAAGAGAGGCCUUCUACGCCUACAAUUCUAGGCUACGAAGUCAUGGAAGAGCGAGCCAAAUUUACUGUAUAUAAAAUACUAGUAAAGAAAAGCCCAGAAGAAAGCUGGGUGGUUUUCAGAAGAUACACUGACUUCUCUCGGCUUAAUGACAAAUUAAAAGAGAUGUUUCCAGGCUUUCGAUUAGCACUCCCUCCAAAACGCUGGUUUAAAGAUAAUUACAACGCGGACUUUCUAGAAGAUAGACAAUUAGGAUUACAAGCCUUUCUUCAAAACUUAGUAGCUCACAAGGACAUUGCUAACUGCCUUGCAGUGAGAGAAUUUCUUUGUCUGGACGAUCCACCAGGUCCAUUUGAUAGCCUAGAAGAAAGCAGGGCGUUCUGUGAGACUCUGGAAGAGACUAACUACCAUCUGCAGAGGGAACUUCUGGAGAAGCAGAAAGAGGUGGAGUCGCUGAAGAAAUUACUCGGGGAGAAGCAGCUCCACAUAGAGGCGCUAGAGAACAGGAUGCGAGCAUUGUCCUUAGACCCCGAAGUGUCACUCUACAUGCCAGGAGCAGAAGGUGGACAGAUCCUAAGGGUGGAAUCCUCUGCACUUCAGGUCACCCGGGACAUCUUGGAUGAAGACUCUAGAGCUAAUACUAAGCCACACUUCCACUCGAGAGAAGCUAGAAGUGUGGUAGCAGAUGUAGAAGUUGCACAGUUGGCGUAUAAUGUUGAAGAUGACUAACACACUGGGACAGUCCCUUCCACUUCGGCAUCUCGGCAGAUUUGCAGCGGAGUGGCAGACACCACUCAAAAAGACUGAAACAGAAGAGAGCAAAAUGCGCGUGUAUAAAGUUUACAUAAAGUGUUUCUUAAGUUAUUAGAAUAAGAACUAUAUUCACUGCUGCUUUUAACUGUCUUUUAUCCAGCAUUGUAUUUACUAUACUGGGAAAAACAAAAAAAACAAAACAAAACAAAAAAAAAAACUAGUUAGACUUGUUAUCAGGGCCCAUAUUCUUAAAUACUUUACAUAAAUUAUUACAGUGUCUUGCCUGUAUAUUGCACCAAACUACUCUGUGUGUGUGUGUAUGUGUGUGUGUGUGCGCGCGCGUGCGUGCAUGUGUGCGUGCCUGUCUUAAAUCACCAGUUAUAUUAGGUGGAAACUAAUUGCAUGCUAGAAUCUGGAUAACAUUUGUAUCUCGUACAUGACAUAGGUUUAAAUCUGUGAACACCAUAAGGAAGAUAAAGAUGAAUCCAGUUUGAAACGUUGCUAUGUCUUAUCAUCUCUAAGUAAAAAUUGCUUAUUUGAAAGGUUAGUACUGUGUAAAAGAAGACGACUUUGUACAGCCAAAGAUAAUGUGUUGUGGAGAGCUAUAUAAUUAGAUAGGCAAAGCGAUAAAAUAGCCUUGAUUUAAGUGAUGGUUAAUUAAUGUCAAGAUACUGUAAGUGUCCUGAUUUAUUAAUAUCUUACACUUGGAUAUUUUCUGCAUAACCUUCAACUCAAUUCUCCACCCAUAGAUUCAAUGGGGAUUGCCUCGUUCAGAACACUACCUCUCUUCGCUAAUCAAGGCAUAUUCUUUUCAAAAUAUAUUACAGUUUUGAGGCAAGUGAGUUACAGGAAUAGAAAACAAAAUAAAUAACCGUAUAUACUGCAAAUUUCCCAAGUAGCUUGGCUCCUGGUGUUCCCUUUGUAUUUCUGUGUAUGUGAAGAUGUUGUUAUGCUGUAUUAUGGCUGAUUUUGUUUGUAAUGUAUUUAGCCAACUGAUGCACUUUAUGAUAAUUAAACUCUUUUGUGCCAAGUUCAA